CGUGCGUGCGAGCGCACAGGCUGCUGGGAUGCCGCCUCUUCCCUCUCGACCUCCCAGUUUCCCGGCGUGCUUCGGGCCCGCCAAAUGGGAGGGGGAGACGCAAGAUGGCGGCAGCCGCGAACUCCGGCUCUAGCCUCCCGCUGUUCGACUGCCCGACCUGGGCAGGUAAACCCCCACCUGGCUUACAUCUGGAUGUAGUGAAAGGAGACAAGCUAAUCGAGAAACUGAUCAUUGAUGAGAAGAAGUACUACUUAUUUGGGAGAAACCCUGAUUUGUGUGACUUUACCAUCGACCAUCAGUCUUGCUCUCGAGUCCAUGCGGCACUGGUUUACCACAAGCAUCUGAAGAGAGUUUUUUUGAUAGAUCUCAACAGCACUCAUGGCACUUUCUUGGGUCACAUUCGGUUGGAACCUCACAAGCCUCAACAGAUUCCCAUCGAUUCUACGGUCUCGUUUGGUGCAUCCACAAGGGCAUACACUCUUAGAGAGAAGCCGCAGACAUUGCCAUCAGCUGUGAAAGGAGAUGAGAAGAUGGGUGGAGAGGAUGAUGAACUCAAGGGCUUGCUGGGACUUCCCGAAGAGGAAACCGAGCUUGAUAACCUGACAGAGUUCAACACUGCCCACAACAAACGCAUUUCAACCCUCACUAUUGAGGAGGGGAAUCUGGACAUUCAGAGACCAAAGAGGAAGAGGAAGAAUUCACGGGUGACUUUCAGUGAGGAUGAUGAGAUCAUCAACCCGGAGGACGUGGAUCCCUCUGUCGGUCGCUUCCGGAACAUGGUGCAGACUGCAGUGGUUCCAGUCAAGAAGAAGCGGAUGGAGGGCUCUGGCUCUCUGGGCCUGGAGGAGACAGGGAACAGGCGUAUGCAGAACUUUGCCUUCAGCGGAGGACUCUACGGGGGCCUGCCCCCCACACAUAAUGAGACAGGCUCCCAACCGCAUGGCAUCCAUGGGACAGCGCUCAUCGGUGGCUUGCCCAUGCCAUACCCGAACCUCGCCCCUGACGUGGACUUGACUCCUGUUGUGCCAUCAGCAGUGACCAUAAACCCCACACCAAACCCUGCAGUCUAUAACCCUGAAGCUGUAAAUGAACCCAAGAAGAAGAAGUACGCAAAGGAGGCUUGGCCGGGCAAGAAGCCCACACCUUCCUUACUGAUUUGAUAUUUGGGCUGUGGAGAGGGUGGGGAUGGGUGGGACUGGGUGGAGGGUUACAAAAGGAGCUAAUGAACUAGGGAGAAACUUCCAUGUGUGCGGUAUCGUCUUUCAGAAAGUCUCCUGGGGGCCUGACCAUGUUCUAUUGAGACUAGGGGUGGGGCUAAAGUACCGGUUAGAGACCCAAGUCAGAACACUUGAAGUGUGGCGAGAGGCUUCCCAGGCCCUUCUGAGCAGACUGCCCUGGCGCCCUACGUGUGCCGCCACCUCCUAGGACUGUUUCUAUGUGAAGUCCCACACAGGUGGAAUCCAGAGCCAUGGAGGAGGUGGUAGCCUCAUUUAAAUUCAUUUCCCUUGUGAGUCCCAGGUAGCAAAAUGGUCACCAUGGAUCCCGGGUUGGUUGGCAUUCAUUUUAACCAAGGCCUGCACAAGUGUUUUUGGGGUCCAGGAGUUAGGCCUUUCUCCUCUGUCUUUCUGCUGGAGUGAGACCAUGUUGAGUUCCCAUUGUCUGUGGCCAGAGUCACAGACACAGGUUUAUGGGUUGUGUGGUAUUGUUGGACUUGGCCUGUUUUCCUUGUCCAUACUGAACACUCCACUUGCUGAGUUCUCAUUUAGUUCCGGUGCUGCCCUCCCUAUGGUGCCACCUUUUGUGCGUGCCAUGAGGCAGUUUCUAAGACUGACCAGUUAGGGUGACUCUCGUUGACCAGGGACCAGUCAGGGGGGCAUGCCCAGCUGUUGGUUUGGAGGCUCCCUCAACCCCCCACUCACCCACCCCCAGUGGAGAGUUCAGGUUAUUCAGAGCUCCAGGCUAGACCUGGCUAACAGGAGACGAGGUAGAAACCAUUAUAUGAGCUUUGUACAGAUUUGUACAUUUGUGUAAUAGGCCUUUUCUGCUUUAAGUGUAGCUUUUUACCUGUAACCUUUACUACAUUGUAAAUUAAAUGUACCUUUUGUCA